GUGCUUUUUAAUUUGCCAAAUUGCAGACUCAACCCUCUCCCUCUACGAAAAAAAAAAAUCCAACCUUUAAGCUUCUUCUUCUUCUUCUUCUUCUUCACUGAGUUUCCUUACUGGUGCGGCCAUGGCGACCUCGUCGAGAAGCAGAUCCAGAGGCCACCUCUGCCCCACGUUCCACGCCCCUUCCCGGUCGAUCGCUUCCUCGUCCUCCUCGGGCUUCGCUUCGUCGAGCUCGAGCUUCUCCGCGCGGUCGUCGACCUUCUUCUCCCGCGGCGCGUCCCCGCCGCGCGUGAGGAUGUCCGGGCACUCGAGCCAGUCGUCCUCGUCCGUCCGCUUCUCGAUCGACCGGCCCACGUCCCCCGGCCGCUCGAUCUCCGUCCGGAACCAGAUCGGCGGCGGCGGCGGCGGCGGCGGCAGGGCGACAACAGUGCCGAAUCAGAAGAAAACGUGCAUGUGCUCUCCGACGAGUCAUCCCGGGUCGUUCCGGUGCGCGCUGCACAAGAACUCGAGAUCCAACCCCCAGCAUCACUCCGGGACGUACAAUUCCAGCAGGAGCUUGAAUUUCAGGAGAUCGGCGAUGACGAAUUCGCUGGUGAGGAUUGGCGGAGUGGAAGGCGACUUGGUGAAGAGAGCGCUCGCUGCUUUGAUUAGGCCGUCUUCGCAUCAACUCAGGCGCCGAGCCGAUUUCAAGCCGAGACCGAGCCGCCUAUCGACCAUGUCCAGCGCCGAGGAUUCCUGAGUUUGUUGUUCUAGUGGAUCGAAGCGAAAAAAUUUGUUAAUCUUUUUGGGCUUUGGAGUUUGUGGCAGAAAGUAACCGAUCAAAGGGUUUUUGCUAGGCUCUUUUUUUUUUUUUUUUUUUUUUUUUUAAAUCGAAUUUGUUCCCAUAUUUGAGGGGACCAAAUCAGUAAAGAUCGCGGCUUUUUGCUGUAAAUAGAUGAGAACCGUGGCUGAGUUUUUUUGGCUUUAAUGUGAAGGGACAACGAAAUAGAAUUUGCCCCUUUUUACUUUCAUUGGUCCGUAGAGAUUUGAAUACAAUUGUGACGAUUCAUUAGGGUCGA